AUGCGUUAGAAACUGGAGAACUAUGCGGGAUAUUUCUCAGUGACAGAACAGAAUUUUUGGUUUCACAGUGAUAAGAAGUUCGGCGCCUACACUCGCCCCUCUGACCGUGAGCGUAGCUAUAUUAUCCUCCACCUGAGUUUUGCACUUGGUACGUCUGUGCGCGCAUAACUUUUAAAAGAAGGCAAAGACUUCCAGAUUUUGGCACUUUGGCACAAGACGGGACCUCGAGUGCGUCAGGCUUCAUGCGCUGGAAGCAACAAGUGACUCCAGUUUACGGGUAAAGGAGAGAAAGAUUCAAACCUCAAAGUUAUUGGAAAUGUUAAUGGACAGCUUUAGACAACUUUAAAGUACAUCAUCUUUCCCUUGAGCCACAAGACGGUGAAGAGGACAUUUACAAAAUAUUACUGCUGUUCGUUUUAACGUAUCAUUUCUAGCACCAUGACAGGACCGGUGUUUUUCCACAUGUGGAUGGUUGUAAUUUUGGGAACUAUAACCGGAGUUGUGAGGGCUCAGGUCUCUACGGCCAGAGUGAUGAGGGGCAACAACAGAAGAGACGACAGCAAUCACCUCACCACAGACUUGUACCGCAAGGAGGAAAACAUCACGGUAACACCACAGGGUGGAGUCAUCCACAGCCCACGCUACCCCAACGCUUACCCUCGCAACCUGCUGUUGUCAUGGAAACUGCUGUCACCACCAGGGAGCCGCAUACACCUGGAGUUUGACGGACACUUUGGACUGGAGGAAGCUGAGAAUGGAGUGUGCAGGUAUGACUUUGUUGAAGUGGAGGACCAAUCGGAGACCAGCACUAUAAUUUGGGGUCGGUGGUGUGGUCAGAAGGCACCGCCUAGUCUAAACUCCAAAACCAACAAGCUCAGAGUCACCUUCAAGUCUGAUGAUUACUUUGUUGCAAAGCCAGGAUUCAAAGUCUAUUACUCACUGCUGUAUGAGUCUCCUUUGCCUGCAUCUAACACCAACUGGGAGGCUGUCACCAUACCCAUGUCGGACAGCGGUGGUGGGAAGGUGUCAGCGGCGGUCACAGAGCAGGUGCCUUUUUCACUAGAUGAUUUAGACAGAACCAUAGCUGCCUUUGACACUGUGGAGCAGCUUCUCAGAUCCCUCAACCCAAACACAUGGAGACAGGACCUGGACAACAUCUAUACUCAAACACAUAUAUAUUAUAGAUCCAGGGCCUAUCAUCUGGCAGGCAGGCAUAAUAAAGUUGAUCUGAACCGCCUCCACGACGAUGUCAAGCGGUACAGCUGUACUCCUCGCAACUACUCCGUGAACUUGCGAGAAGAGCUGAGGAUCACCAACGCCGUCUUUUUCCCUCGAUGUCUGUUGGUGAAACGCUGCGGGGGCAACUGUGGCUGUGGGACCGCUAACUGGAAUAAUGGUUGUACCUGUCAGGCCUCCAAAACAACGCUCAAACUGCAUGAGGUGCUGAAGUACGCUCCAGAGCCCAUUCGGUAUCAACGCCAACAGAGUUCAAAGGUCCGCUGGGUCAUUGAUGAAAUUUUCCUCUCACAUCAUGAACAGUGUGAGUGUGCGUGUCCUUCCCAGCCCCCACGCUGAGCUGCACACACUGGCAUGUACACCUGGAACUGUUAGAUGAGUUUUACUUUUUAUCUAUUUCGCAACGGACUUCAUUAUAGCAACAGUACUGCUGACAAACACGCAGCAAAGAAGAAGGUAACAACUGACUUGUAAACUGCAGCUUGCAUCUUGCACGAUGGCAUUUGUUUUUGCAAGUAACUUACCUUUCCUCUGUCUAUGGGCCAGACUUGUAAAUGCAACUCCCACCCUAAUGUUUGCAAUUUAACAUUCCUGCAACCUGGUAUUUAUGUCUUCACUAUUCAUGAUACAUUUAGACGUUACAUGUAUGAUGUAAGCGUCAACUACUCCAAAGAAAUUCCCAUUAAAGUGAUUCAAAUUUCUUUCCUCCAAAUGAUUAAAACCAACAAUUCUGCACACUUACAUUUACAUUUUGAUUAAAGGAUUUUAAGGGAUGCCAGCCUGAUUGAACUGAAGCUGAAUUUUUCCUCCAAGGCCUUAGAAACAGUCUUAUACUUCUAUUUCACAUGUAGUUGCAUUUUUUUGUGUGUUAAAAUAAGACUGUUUCUAGAAACUUCAGGCAACUCUUGUGCCAGGAGCAUGCUGAGAUGAGUGAGUGUGAAACAGAAGGACAGAGAAAGAGGGAGGGAGAUGGGUUGAAAGAAGUUUACACCAAAAUAACACUUUAUCUUGAUAUGAACUACAACCUCCAGGCUAACUACAAUGCUCCAGAACUCAUUUUCACAUUAACACACUCAUAUGCACACACAUCCACUCCAGGCUUCCUAAAGUCAAAGCCAAAAACUGUAGUUAUUUAUACAGAAUCCUAAGGGUUCUUUUGCUUUGUCUGGAUAUCACGCUAACUCUCGUUAUCUGUCCGUCCAUCUACACACCUCAUGCUUCUUUUCCUUUUCUUUCUCUCUCACUGCUUCUGCCUCCGACACAUCAAAGAAAAUGUCAGAUCCGGCCCCUGCACUGUGCCCAGUUUUCCAAGCAUUCCUGUCAUUCCAACUGCUAAGCAGAAUUCUGCUAACACAGAUAAAACCGCAACACUUAGAGCCUGAAUGCACAACAGAGGAACGAGAGAGGAAAACUCAGGAAGCGAGGCAAACAGGAAGUUUAUAGGAAAGGCGGCUGAUGGAAAAGGGGAAACCAAGCCUUCUAUUUGUAGAUUGCUAGCACUUCAGAAUGAGAGGAGAGAGACGCUUUCAAGAUAGAGCUCACAAGACAAAAUUAUUUCCUUAUGUAAAUGCUCACAAAUUGACCCACUGCUCCAUAAGUUUGCAGAGAUCUGUUGGAAUUACCAUGAGCAAUGUUCUUGAUCUCUGCUCAUAACACAAGCAGUACUUGAGUGUGUGUACUCAUGUCACUCUCCAUGUAACAGCUCAGGAAGAGGUCCUUUUGUUUAAAGGGUGGAGGGUUACCAACAGUCUGGAAGAGCUGGCAGCAGAUACAAGCAUGUGAAUGCUCACUAUGUGACUGUGUGUGUGCAUGCUGUGUGUAUGUGUGGUAGCUGUCAAAGUUUACUGGAGAAUGAAAGCAACAAAGCAAGAGAUCAAAUUAAAUACUUACCACUGUAUUAUUUUUUGUAGGUAUCACAACUUUCUGAGAUGCUCUGCUGGAAAGUGUACAGCUUUAUGAACAACUUUAAGUAUUACUGAAACAAAUACAUG